AUGGCUGAAAAACAGAAAAAAUUUGAUGCAUGUGUAAUUCGUACAAGUGAUGCUGAUUUUAUUGUUGCUGAAUGGCACCAGUUAGUAACAACUACUAAUAAAUCAAAACUCACUGUUGGAUCAUGUGUUGGAUAUAAAAAGUCAACAAAUAAACGGGAGAAGAUUAUUCGUGGCACAAUUAUGAUUAUUGGUUCACUGCAAGUAUGUGAAAAACAAAAAAAAUUAUUAAUGGCAAAGGUUACUAGUAAAAAUGGUGCAGCACAAAAAUUUGAUGAAAAAGAUGAAUGUGAAUCUGAGCCAACUGGUAUUUCAAAUAGUAAAAAUGAUUUAGAGUUGAACGAUGAAGAUUCAUCUGACUCAAACGAUGCACGUUUGGAAAUUGAUAUUGAACAAGAAAAAAAUUGUGAUGAAAAUAACUCAAAACAAAAUCAAUCUAAUCAAGCAACAAUCAAUGAACCACGAAACGACAAUCGAUCCAAGACAUCAGAAGCAUCACCUUUAAGUGCUGCCUAUACAGAAGCUCGUCCAACUGAUCCCAGUGUUAUAAGAUAUUUUGUACGUAUGGGAGAACUACUUUCCUGUGCUGGUGAAAUGGAAGAAGGAAGAGGUGAAAAAUUGAUUAAGAUUUGUGACCGAUUAAGUAUGAGCGAAGAACAAUUGAAUAGACUACAAAAGCCGAAUGGUACAAGAACAGCUCGUUCUAUUAUACGUGCCUGUUAUCCACUGCAUGCUCGAAUGGAUGCUCUUGAAGAAGGUAUUGAUGAUGAUCUUCGACAAGCUGUUCAUGAUUACGUUAACAUGUUUCAUGGUAUGGAAAGUCUGACGGAAGGAAAAAUUAAUGAAAGUAUUAACAAUGUUUUUCGUAGUGCCAAAACUCAGCAAAAACAAGAUGGAAAAAAUGAAUCUCAACAAUCAACUUCCAAUAAUUCAAAACUCUCGACAAGUUCAGAUUCAUUAUCAAGACCUAUUGAAAAAGUAGAUUUAGCAGCGACUUUAGUCGCGCUGAAAAAUCGUCAUUCUUUAUCAGCAGUCUGCAUCAACGAUAUAUGUUCACUAUUGUGUGUUUUAAAUGUGCCUGGUGCUCCUCGUAGUUGGUUUCAAAUCAAAAAAGCACUUGAUAAAUCAUGUGCAUCUACUCUUGAUCGAACAGUGUGGUGGAUAUGUCCAAGUUGCAAAAAGGUCUCUGAUAACAAGUUCACUUGCUCAAAUGCUAAUUGUAGCUGGCGUUUUGUACCCCCUGCAUCAAUGCCAAAUUAUUUUUAUACUUUUAAUAUUCGUGAUCAACUUUCUUCAAUAUUAGCUACUACAGCAGAUAUGUAUUUACAAAAACGUACAAACGUUACACCACAUUCAAUUUUAACAAUGAAAGAUAUUGUUGAUGGUAACUAUUAUCGAAAACUACUUGAUGAAGAAUCUGACGACAUUUUAACUCUAACUAUGAGUACAGACGGAAUACAACCAUUUAAAAGUACAGAAAAGUCAAUAUGGCCUGUAACUUUUAUAAUUAAUGAAAUUAAACGUAAAAAGCGAUUCACCUUCCAAAACUUAAUACUUGGUGGAGUCUGGCCUGGUCCUGCAAAACCAAAGCGGUUUGAAAUGUCGGCUGUGUUGGAAACAAUCAUUGUACAACUUAAGGAGUUGGAGAAAGGGUCUUAUUUUGAAUGCUGUUCAGAUGCAGGCUAUGUUUCACGAUUUUUAAAAGUUUUUUUAAUUUGUGCAUGUAUGGAUAAACCAGCACAAGCAUUGGUACAAAAUUUACCCGAACCAACUGCAAAAUUUGGAUGCGGAAGAUGUGAAAUUCGUGAACUAAAUGAUAUUGAAAUAGAAAAAAUUAAUCGUCAUUCACUUGAUCGCAAAGGUAAGCGUCAACUCAAGCAAAAAUUAAUCAAAAAUAAGGAGUCUGAACAUGGAAUCCUCGAUCCUUGUGUGCUUCGUCAAUUGACAUAUUUUGGCGUUGGAUUCAGUUUUGUAUCAGAUAAUCUACACAACGUGUAUCAAGGUGUAACUAGGAAGUUAUUGUCUCUUUGGCUUCGUGCUGAUUAUAAAAGAGAAGAUUGGUCGUGUUUUAAUCAUAUCCAUCAACUGUCAUCAAUGCUUCAAUCGUUUCGUUUUCCUUCAACAACUGGUCGACGACCACGUUCACUACUUAAAUUCAAAAAGUCUUAA